GUUUCACAAUAUCCACAUUAACCAUUAGCCAGCAGAGCACAAGCGUUUUUUAGUCACACUGUGUCCUCGUGGACCUUUUUUUUUGUCAGGUUGACCGGAUGUAGAUAUUUUAAAAUUACCAGCUCUUACCUCCUGCUGCUGCAGCUGUCGCUCUCACAGACACUCGGCUCUCCUCCAGCCCAGCCCGCGCCUGCUUCUCCCUCCACAGCCUGUUAUUUUAUUAUUUUUUAUUAUUAAAUUUAAAUUUGCAAUCAUGGGUAUCAAUAAGACGUACAUGAGGAUCGCUUAUGCUUCGUUUGGUACGAUCGUGGGCUUUUCAGCCUUUCUGGUGUGGAACUUCGUGUACAAUCAGCCUUGGACUGGAGCCAUGGGAGGACUGUCAGGUGUGUUGGCACUCUGGACCCUGAUCACUCACAUCAUGUACCUCCAGGACUACUGGCGAACCUGGCUGAAAGGCCUCAGGUUUUUCAUGUUCAUUGGGAUUUUCUUCUCUCUGCUGGCACUCGCAACCUUUGUUGUUUUCCUGGCCAUUGGCGUCCUAUACAAAGACACCUUCACUGACCCUCAGAGUUUCUUCCUGUCCUGUGUGUGGAGCGUCAUGACCCUGAAAUGGUCCUUCAUGCUCACCCACGCUGCUCAACAAUACCGCAUUGAGUUUGAGGACAUCGGUAUCCUCAGUGACUUCUGAGGGAACGUCCUGCAUCUUAUAGAAGAUGCACAGACUUUGCUCUCACAGUGUGGAGCUGAUGAAGGAGGAAAACAUAAACCAGCAGUGCUUUUUUUCUUUUCUUUAUGCAGAGCAUCAUGACCUUGAACAGGGUCCCCACCUCACCACGUACUGGUGCAUUUUUAAUUCUGAGCAGGACACUGACUUCUAAACUUUUCUGAUAAAUCCAGCCCCGUUUUAUACGAACCCAGAUAGAUUUUAUUUUCUUACUUUUUCGUUCACCCCUGAAUCUACACAGUGUCCUCUUGGUAAAACAUUUCUAGAAUAUGAUCAAAUUUUUAACCACAUUGCAGUAAAAGAACUUGUUGCAAAUUUACAGACUCUUCUGUGGAAACAUUCA